AUGGGCGUGACCAAGUGGAGGGGUGGGGCCUGCGGCGCGGACCGGGGAGCGGCGGAAGAUGGCUGCAGUUGUGGCGACGGAUACACAGCUGAUGCUCGGAGUCGGCCUGAUCGUGACCAUCUUUCCACCAUAGAAAAGGACACUAAUGGAGAAGUUCUGUGGGUGUGGUGUUAUCCUUCCACGACAGCCUCAUUAAGGAAUCUGCUGCUCCGAAAAUGCUGCCUAACAGAUGAAAACGAACUUCUCCACCCCUUUGUCUUUGGUCAGUACAGAAGAACAUGGUUUUAUAUCACUACAGUUGAAGUUCCAGAUUCUUCAGUUUUGAAAAAGGUGACUCAUUUUUCUAUUGUUCUGACCGCCAAAGAUUUUAACCCAGAGAAAUAUGCCGCCUUCACUAGGAUAUUGUGUAGAAUAUAUCUGAAAUAUGGGAGCCCAGUUAAAAUGAUGGAGAGUUACAUUGCAGUUCUCACCAAGGGGAUCUGCCAGAGUGAAGAAAAUGGCUCUUUCUUUAGCAGAGACUUUGAUAGUCGAAAGGCAUACCUUGCAGGCUCCAUCAAAGACAUUGUAUCUCAAUUUGGAAUGGAAACUGUUAUCUUACACACAGCAUUGAUGUUAAAAAAACGAAUUGUUGUCUAUCACCCCAAAAUAGAAGCUGUCCAGGAGUUUACCAGGACUCUGCCUGCCCUGGUGUGGCAUCGACAGGAUUGGACCAUCCUGCAUUCUUAUAUGCACCUCCAUGCUGAAGAACUAGAAGGCCUGCAAAUGUGCACAGGUUACAUCGCUGGCUUUGUGGAAUUGGAGGUGAGCAGCAGACCAGACCUCUACGAUGUGUUUGUGAAUCUGGCAGAUAGUGAGAUCACCAUCGCUCCAUUCGCAAAAGAGGCCAUGACGAUGGGCAAAUUGCAUAAAGAAAUUGGUCAGCUAAUUGUGCAGUCUGCAGAAGACCCAGAGAAGUCAGACAGCCAGGUUAUACAGGACAUUGCCCUAAAAACAAAGGAAAUCUUCACCAAUCUAGCACCAUUUUCAGAAGUGUCAGAUGAUGGGGGAAAGAUUGUCCUCAGUGUUGAGGCACUGAAGCAAAAGCGAUUCCCACCUGCAACAGAGAACUUCCUUUACCAUCUAGCAGCAGCUGAACAAAUGCUGAAGAUAUGACUGUCCACAGCAAGCCCCACAGAACUUCCCUUUCAUUCCGAGUACCCGGUGGCAUUAUAUAGUAUUGGAAUUACAGAGGAAAUGUUCUAUUUUUAAUGGUUUAUUUCCAAGUAUUGAGAUCUGACCUGAGAAACAUAAAAACAAUUGCCAAUUUGAUCCAGUGCUGGAUAGUGUUUUAACUGCUGUCCUAAUGGUAGGAGCCAUAUGCUGUCCCAGAGUUUAAGAGUCGCACACAGAUUAGCACAUGCGAGCCUUCAUUGUUUGUCUCACUGUAGCCAUACGUUUAACGGUUUAUUUUCAGAAAGCUGCCUCACAGUUUGCUUUUUAUUCUUCUAGGAAAAAACUUGAAUUCCUCAUGGGAGAUUUUACUUUCUGAGCCAAACUGCUGUGUUUUCUGCAGAAUUAUCUAGAAUAUCAUUCAAGAGAUAUUGCAGUUGUACUUUCUUGUAAUAGAAAAUGUUUUGGGGCCUUUGAAAAUUUUGUCUGUAUUAUACAGGUUUUUCAUAGAUUUUGUACUGAGUAGACAGUUCCAGUAACACUUAGAUGUAAGCAUUCAGCAAAACAUCAGCCAUUGGUACUCUUGGACUAACUGCUGCUGGCAGUGCCUUUGGGAAAGAAGCCAGUCCCUGUAACAGGAGCCUUUUAAAUGUAAGAGACAACCCUUUGUUCUUGUUUGCAGUGCUGGAGCUAGAACCUGGGGCCUUGCAUAUGCCAGGCAAAUGCUUUCCCACCAAGCUAAACCCCCAGCCCAAUAUUCUUUCAUAUAUUGGUAAAGGAAUAUCAGAAUCAAAUUGCAGAGGCCAGACUAGACACUGUCUUCAGGUGACUGCAGUAAAAGUAAUCUGGCCACAUCAUAAAGGACACUGUUAUUGGACCUUCUUUUUUUUGUUUUGUUUUGUUUUGGGGUUUGGGUUUUUGGUUGUCCCCCCCCCCACACACACACACGGUUUCUCUGUGUAGCACUGGCUGUCCUGGAACUUACUCUGUAGACCAGGCUGGCCUCAAACUCAGAGAUCCGUCUUCCUCUGCCUCUUGAGUGCUGGGAUUAAAAGCGUGCUCCACCAGUGCCCAGCCUAUUGGACCUUCUUAAUUUGAGACUUUAAAAUUGCCAAAUAAGCACAAAUGUCUAAAUCAAGCAUUCCUAUGUCUAUUCAUGUUAAUUAUGAAAGGCCGCUUUCCUUCACUACAGUUGAAGAACCUUCAAACCUUAUCAGGAAACAUGUCUACUGGAUCUUUCUGCUGGGUGUGGUGGUGCACACCUUUAAUCCCAGCACUUAGGAGGCAGAGGCAGAAAGAUCUUUGUGAGUUGGAGGCCAGCCUGGUUUACAAAGUGAAUUCCAGGACAGCUAGGCCUGUUACACAGAGAAACCCUGUCUCAAAAACCAAAAAAGUUGGGUCUUCUUAAAACCUUAUUGUUAGACAUUUAAGUAAAAAUAAAAAAUGGCCUUUCCCUCUUGUCCUUGGGUGGGAACAGAGAGGACCUGAAAUAAGUUGUUUACUGGAGCUGACAAUUGAAGAUUAAAUUUGCACUUUAUGAACAGAA